GCGACUCGGGCACCGACAGCGGCCGGGGCCGCAGCGCCGAGCCGGCCAGCCCCGGCCGCUGCGAGGCGCGCACUCCUGAGAGCGGCGCGCGCAGCCCGGACAGCGAGCCACUGAGCGUGGGCAGCGGCUGCCGCAGCCCGGAGCCGCCGCCGCUCAGCCCCGCGCACUGCCAGGAGGACGCGCCGCGGCCGGCGCAGAGUCCGAGCCGCCCUCCCCGACGGAGUCCGGCGCGCCGCCCGACGAGUCCGCCGUCCCACCCCGUCAGCCCAGACAGCUCCGACCCGUCCCACCGGCCCGCCGCCCAGCCGAGUCCCCCGGCGCACCCCAGCUCCCCGGCGCACCCGGCCGCCGCGCGGCGCGUCAGCAACACGGAGAACUUCAACCUGGUGGAGGAGAUGACGGACGGCGGCCGGAGUGUGCUGGCGCGCCCCGACGACUUCGAGAGCCUCUCGUCGGGCGGCUACGACAUGGCCGAGGUGGGCGUCACGCGGUUCCCGACGCCGAGCACGCCGCGCACCACGCCGGCCGCCAGUCCGGCGCCGCGCGGCGAGUCGCCCCUGUACGCGGCGCCCGAGCGGCCCCGGCGGCCCGAGCACGCCGUCGUAGUGGCCAUCGACUUCGGCACCACCUACAGCGGCUACGCCUUCAGCUUCGUCAGCAGCCCGGGCGCCAUCCACGUCAUGAGGAGGGCUGCAGGCGGUGACCCGGGCCUCAACAAUCAGAAGACGCCGACGGCGCUGCUGCUCAGCCCGGAGGCCGAGUUUAGCGCGUUCGGGUUUGCCGCCAGGGACGCCUACCACGACCUGGAGCCGCGCCAGGCCGCCGAGUGGCUCUACUUCGACAAGUUCAAACUGUCCCUGCACACGGACGCCAGUCUGGGCGUGGACACCUACAUCCCGGCGGCCAACGGCCAGUGCAUCUCGGCGCUGCUCGUGUUCGCGCACGCGCUGUCGUUCUUCCGGCGGCAGGCGCUCGACGAGCUCGACGACCUGCUCGGCUACGAGAUGCCUGCAGGGCAGAUUCGCUGGGUCAUCACCGUGCCGGCCAUCUGGCGACAGCACGCCAAACAGUUCAUGAGGCAGGCCGCCUACAAGGCGGGCCUGUGCUCGGAGGGCCGCCGCGAGGACCUGCUGAUUGCCCUGGAGCCCGAGGUGGCCUCCGUCUACUGCCACAGUCUGCGGCUGCAUGAGCUGGUGCACGAGGGCGCCGACCGGGUGUCCGUGUACGUGCCGUCGCGCGGCGAGGAGGCGCGCACCGGCGCCGCCGUCCAAAUGGUCAGAGGCACGCGCUACCUGGUGGUCGACUGCGGCGGCGGCACCGUGGACAUCACCGUGCACGAGGUGCUGGACUCGGAACACCGACGGCUCAAGGAGGUCUACAAGGCCAGCGGCGGGCCCUACGGCAGCGUCGGCGUGGACAUGCAGUUUGAGUCGCUGCUGGGCGACAUAUUCGGCGCCGAGUUUGUCUCCGGGUUCCGGUCGCGCCGGCCGGCCGCCUGGAUCGACCUCAUGGUGGCGUUCGAGGCCCGGAAGCGGGCUGCCUCGCCCGACAAGGCGUCGCCGCUCAACGUGGCGCUACCGUUCGCCUUCAUCAGCGAAUUUAAAAAAGUCCGCGGCAAAAAGGUGGAGCAGGCGGUGAAAAACUACCGGGGCGGUCAGGUGCGCUACACGGAUGGCAUGCUGCGACUCGACUCGGAGCUGAUGCAGCACCUGUUCGCGCCGACGCUCGACAAAAUCACAGAGCAAGUGGAAAGUCUGUUCGACAUGGUGUCCAACAUGCAGUACCUCUUCCUGGUGGGUGGAUUCUCAGAGUCCAAGCUGCUGCAGGAGCGGAUGAAGAGGACGUUCUCGGACAGAAUCAAAGUGGUGAUACCCCAGGAGGUCAGCCUGGCCAUCCUCCGCGGCGCAGUGCUGUUCGGCCUGGACCCGAGCGUCAUCCAGGUGCGCCGCUGCACCAUGACCUACGGCGUCGGCGUGCUCAACAAGUUCAUGCGCGGCAUCCAUCCACAGGGAAAGCUGCUGGUUCGGGACGGCCGCGAGUGGUGUGCCGACAUUUUCGACAAGUUCGUGACGGCCGACCAGUCGGUGGGGGUGGGCGAGACGCUACUGAGGCGCUACACGCCGGCCCGGGCCGACCAGACCACCAUCGUGCUCCACCUCUACUGCUCACACAAGGAGAAGGUCAUGUUUGUGACGGAUGACGGGGUGGAGAAGUGCGGCACGCUGAAACUGAUCUUAGAGGGCACCGCGCCGAGCCCAGCAAAACGGAGAGAAAUUCAGGUGCGGAUGCGGUUCGGUGACACGGAAAUCCUGGCGUCGGCCGUGGACCUGGUGUCCCAGCGCUCUGUGACGGCGCACAUCAACUUCCUGAACCUGUGAGCGGCCCUCACACACACAGAGGAGCCUCUGUCGGACGGUGCUGCCCUCUGCAGUCGGACCGCGCCUGCUGCCAUCUGUCGCCGGUGCCG